GACGCUGUAGUCCAUUUGCGAGCUUGAUCCUUCGUUUUGUCUUCUUCCUUCUACUUCAGAAGUUUGGAAAUUCGAAGUACACGAAAAAAUGGCAGAAGAUAGUGGUUACGAAUCUGUAAUCUGCGUCAAACCGGAGGUCCAUGUCUACCGGAUUCCUCCCCGCGCCACGAACCGAGGAUAUAGGGCUGCUGACUGGAAGCUGGAUGAACCAGCCUGGACUGGCCGGCUGAGGAUCUCCUCCAAGGGCAAGAUCGCCUACAUCAAGCUGGAGGACAGGAUCUCAGGAGAGCUGUUCGCCCAGGCUCCAGUGGAGCAGUACCCUGGGUCCGUGGUGGAGGCCGUCACAGACUCCAGCAGAUACUUCGUUGUCCGGAUAGAGGACGGCAACGGGCGCCAUGCGUUUAUCGGCCUCGGGUUUGCUGACCGCGGCGACUCCUUCGACUUCAACGUGGCUCUGCAGGACCACUUCAAAUGGGUGCGGCAGGAAGGCGAGCUGGCCAAGCAGGAGGCCAGCCAGAGCACAGCUCCUAAACUGGACCUGGGCUUCAAAGAAGGGCAGACCAUAAAGAUCAACAUUGGGAACAUAAAAAAGAAAGACACCCCCACAGCUGGAGCCAAGUCUCGACCGUCGGGCAGCGGACUUCUCCCUCCUCCGCCCGGGGCAAGGGGGGGUAGUGUCAUACCCCCUCCUGUGGCAUCUCAGCCUGCACCACCCACACAGCCCAACGCAGCUGCUGUGUUGGAUUUUGGGGAUUCGACCCCCGCGGCACAGCCAGGUCUGGAUGCGUGGGGAGACUUCACCACAGCUUCUCCCAGCUCCAGCAAUGAAGCUGCCAAUUCUGGAUGGGUGCAGUUUUAACUGUGAUUGGUUACAUGCAUGAACACACACACACACACACACACACACACACACCCCUCUGCAUUCCCUGGAUGGAAGGCGCAAUGGAAAGAAAUUAUCUGGCAAAUACAACUGUGCAGAAUUUUCAUAAGCCCAAACAAGUGGAUUGACUGGUGGAACUAUACACCUUCAUUCACUAACAAACUCAAAGCCAGAAAAUGGACUCGCACACACUAAGAAAUAUUACCAGCGCCUGUUUUUAAAGUGUAGGUUGUUUUGUAUUUUACUAUGUAUGAAUUUAUAUUUUCUCUCUAUGCAAUCAGAGUUUACUUUAUCAAACAGAUUCUCACUGGAACUGCAGGCGUCGAGGCAGGUUUCUGUAGUUCUUAAGUCCCCUUUCCACGAGUCUUUUGGAAGGCGCGAUCGGAGGUGGAAAGAAGUUGCACCUCAGAUGUUUCUCGCGUUUCAAAAAUCGGCCAUCGACGCUGUUAGUAAUGUUUGAAGAGUGUAAAUGCAUUCCGUAUCAGCACACCCCACAGGGUGGGUGAGCACUCACUCUCUUCUGUCCAGAGUUUCAGUGCACUCGUUUUUCCUCUUUGUUUUACUCCUCCCCUCUACCUCCCUUUCCGUGCGUGUUCACCCAUCCCGCGUGACCCUGUACCGUUGCACGUCUUUGGUGACUUUUGGUAGAGCUAUUUUCUGUAGUUGUAAUCAUUGUAGCCAGUGUGUUUCACUCUUAUCCCUCCCCCCCAUUCAAUUUCAACAGAGGUUUAAAAAACAAUAACAAAAAAAAACAACAAAAAAAACCCACCAACCAAUAUUUAUUUUAUUGGCUGGUUUUUAGUAUGGGGAGUUUGCAUGAAGGGCAGUGAGGGCGGAUGUUCCAGUCCAUUCUUAUUGCUCUAUGUGACUGAACCAGGGCUGACUUCUACAGAUUUUCCCUUUAUUUUUUCCUCCUCUCUUCAUUUGUCAAUCAAGGAAAAGGCCCUUUGGACAUCUGUUGAAGACCGAACCAUAGAUUCUGUUCUUAUUGGUUUAAUAUCUGAGCUGUUACCUGUGUCUGGGGCACCAGAAUCAUCUUUCGAUAUGCUAUGUUCUUUAUUUUUUGUUUUUUUUGAACAACGGUAUCUUAAUUCUUCGUAAAUGUUGACUGUCCCAUCCCUGCAGUAUCCUCUAUGAGUUUGGGGGGCUGCACAUGAGGACACAGUGAGGGCAGCUGGCUGCACAAUCUAUGAUUGGGGCAGUUAUUUCACAGGGGCCUGGUCAACUAGAGAACUAUAUUGCGGGAAGAGGGAGGCGCAUGGCUCAUCAUUCCUCCUUGUAGGUGUGUGACACUGGCAGGAUCGGGACUAAAUUGCCAACCCAGGGGCGUAUCACUAAAAUCAGCUAGUCCUUCAGAUCGAUGCGCCACCAGGGAGCUCUGCUGUCGGCCAUUUUAAAAGAUGAAGUCUGUCACAUAAUUUGUUGUCUUCCUGUCCGUUUGUCAGUCCAGAGUAAAUUGGCCCCAAAGGUGGAUUUGGCUUUUUGUUUUUUUUUGUUUUAUAGAAGACCAGAUCAGCCUGUUAUGAAUGUGUGUUAGUGUUAAUCUCUUCUCUUCAUUAUUGUGAUUUAUUUUAAUCUCUUACUGUGCCUUACAGGGGGAUCGGGGUCAUUUUGGUGGGUGUGGUGGUGUGGGACUGAUUCCUCCCAAGUGCCUUCUUUCAUGUAAUAGCACUUGUAUAAAUGUAAAGCAAUGCUUAAUUGUAAAUACAUUUCUUCUGACAAUCA